AAUUCCACUUAUAAAAAACAUUUACCCAAAUAAUGCAGCUUCCAAAACAAAACAAAAAAAAGAAUACAAAUCUAAAGGUAGAAAACAAAGAACAUACAUACACUGCAAAAAUAUUCUUCUUCUUCUUCUUGUUCCGAAAGCAAAGGAAACAAACAGCAUCAUGUAUCUUAUCUUCUUUCUUUAAAAAUAAAUGCAAACUCUAAAAUCAGAGAAUUUCAAGGGUUUACAAAUAUUCUGUCUUCCCAUUCUACCCUUGAUUUUUCUCUAGAUUUUCAGUUUCUCCCUUUUAUCAUAAAACGCACACGAACCCACGCAAAUCGUCAUUUCAUAUUCACAAUGCUGUGUCAUUUGGUUCCGUUGCCGCGGAAGAAAAAACCCGGUUCGGUUCCGGUUUACCUCAACGUUUACGAUCUAACCCCAAUGAAUGGUUAUGCUUAUUGGUUCGGUCUCGGAGUUUAUCAUUCUGGUGUUAAAGUUCAUGGUGUUGAAUAUGGAUUUGGAGCACAUGAACGUGAAACUACUGGGAUUUUUGAAGUGGAGCCUGGACACUGUCCAGGAUUCACCUUUAGGAAAUCAGUUUAUAUUGGAUCGACGGAUCUGGGACCGAACGAGGUUCGGGAAUUUAUGGAAAAGCUAUCUCAAGAGUAUGCUGGAAAUAGCUAUCAUCUAAUACAAAAGAAUUGCAACCAUUUCUGUAAUGAUGUUUGUGUGAGGUUAACAGGAAAGUCUAUUCCUCGGUGGGUUAACAGACUUGCUCGACUUGGUUUCUUCUGCAACUGCGUUCUUCCAACCAGCCUAAAUGAAACAAAGGUUGGACAAGUUUCAUUAGACAAGAUUCAUGAAGGAGAAAAUAAGAAAAUGAGAAGUCAAUCCCGCAGGCAGGAGGCUUCUUCCAAUCCUUCGUUACCUGCUAGCCAAAGACAUUGUGGUAUCCCAUCUUCGUCUGUUAUUAAUGCUUCUUCAUCAUCAACUGUAGCAGUAAAAUAAAGCUUUGGCAUGAGUCAGAGUCUGAAACAUAGGUUGUUAGAAUCAUCUAUUGUAUGAAAGAUGGGUAGUAAAGCAACUUCUCAUCUGCUCCGUCUGUCUGCUCUUCUGUAUAUCUUCAAAUUGUGUUGAUAAUGGCGAAAAUGAAAUGACUGCUUUGGCUCUGUUUACUAAACGGAUCUUUUUUAAAGAUACAAGCUUAUAAGGUCUGGACAAACAGUGCCUUAGUCUUUGUUCUCUUUAAUUGUGUGCUCUCUUCAUUAAACAAAGAAGCUUCUUUAUAUUUUUAGAUUUUUGGAGUAAUCUUUUCUGGAUCUUGCCUCAUCUGUAUUAGUUCUGUAGAAUUUAGUGCUGUAUUCAUUGUAAUUGCUCAAGUGUGAGAUAAUGCAAAGCUGGAAAUAUAAAACAGACAGUGAGUUGAAGGCAGUAGAGUUAAAUUAAGCUCAAAUUAGUGUUGAAUUUCAUAAUCCUAUGCUUCAGAUACUGAUUC